AUGUACAGCUUGAUUAUCACUGAGCUGAGAACCACCACCACCACCACCAUCAUCGACGACGACGACGACGACGACGACGACGACAAUAACAACAACAACCUCAUCACUACCGCCAUCACCGUCACCGUCACCACCGUCAGUCACCAUCGACUACGACGACAACAACUACGUUACGACCUGGGUGAUCACCCAUAUCGAUUUGGACCCGCAGCAUCGGAGAGCCUUGCUGCUGCGAAGUGCAUCCCACUGUGGUUGCAAAACUACUCAGCAACGAGGCCAUUGCUGUGCCAGAGUGGUGCACCGGGCUGGGCUGGGCUCACGCUCGUCUCCUUGCCCCCAAGGCGGUCCUUUAUAACGCCGACAUUGCCAGAGGCGCUGACUACUGGCCCGGGCUCAGGCUUGGGCCAAUUCUGUGGUCAAACGCCUCUGUAG